UUUAUGGACAAAAGUGGAAGGGUUACGGAAAGCGUAAUACUCGAUUACGACGAAUCGAGAUUAGUCAAUUUCUUUAUGCUUACAUUUUACAUUCUAAUGAAAUUUUAACCUACCAAUUUAGUCCCUGGAGAGACAUUAAUGAUAUUAGAGCCAGUGAACGUUUUUUGAUAACCGUGCUAAGAAUCAAUCAUUACGAAUAUUGUAUAAAAAAGAAAAUCGUAUAUUUUAGUGUCGUGUCUAAGAUUAAAUGAUUUUUAUCAUCAAACUUUGAAAUGGACCUUCUUCAAUUGAGAAAUUUUCGAGACUUUCUUCUUGUAUACAAUCAAAUAUCAGAGACUUGCUUCAAGAGAUGUGCUGAUACAUUCCUUACUAGAGAAAUAACUUCUAACGAGGAUUUAUGUAUAAAAACUUGUACAGAGAAGCAUAUACAUGCAAAUCACAAAAUUAUGGAAUUAUAUAUGGAAAUCCAACCUAUUCUAGUUCGUAAAAGAAUAGAAGAAAUGAAUAACAAUCAAGCAACAAUAAUGGCACAAUCAGAAGAUGAACAGAAAGUAGGAACAACUAUAAGAUAAAUUAUAAUAAUAUAUUUAUUUGUAUAAAAAAUUGUACUUUCUUUAUCUAUCAUAUGUACCCACAUCUUUACUUACAUCUUUAAUAUCAAAUUUAAAUAAAACAAAAAUUUCAUUA